CACCUCUCCAUCACUAGGAAGAACGGUACAUUUGAAUCGUCGGUGUUUUUUAAGCGUUCCAUUACUUCUAAUAAAAAACUUGGUGACAAAAUCCUCUAAGGAUGGCACUUAAAAUUGAAGAGGCCAUGGAUUUAUCCUUGGACGAAUAUAUAGCGAUGACCAAGAAAACCGAUGAAACUAGGAAAGCCCCAGUAACAGCGCCAACAACACCUGCGAACAGCAACAAUGACGCCAAGUUUGGACGACGUAGAAGUAAUGUGGAAGAGGAUGAAGAUGAUCUUGAUUUAUUCGUAAAUGAAGAUGAACUUUUGAACGACGAGACGGAAACGACGGUAAAUGGCAAUGAUACGGGUAUAUGGAAGGGGCCUGAUUCCACAAUUGCCUAUUUAGAUUGCAGUAGUCGACAGCAGGAUUUACGAGAACGAAUUAACAGCAAUAAUAAUAAUGGCAGAAAACAACAAAUAUCGGCUGUUCAAUAUCGCCUAAUGGCCCCCAAUAAUUCCGCUGAUCGUCCACGUGGGUUACCUACACUAUUGCCUUUGGAUGCAUAUGUCAAGAAACAAAACAAUGGCAAUAAUAGAUGGAAUAAUAAUCAAGGUGGCAGAAAACGUAAUAGAAAUCGUGGAAAUCAAAAUGGUUUCAAUAAUAACAAUCGUAACAAUAACUGGAAUAAUUUGGUGAAUGGUAUUUCAACGGCCAACAAUGGUCGUAUUCAGCGCAAUAGGAACCAGGAUUACAGCAAAAAUUUAAGACUAACGGUGGACUGCAAUGAGUUGCUAGCCCCAACUAUCAAUAACAAUAACAAACCCAAAAACAUAUACAUAGAAUGUCCAAGAAUUUCGCAUAACAAGAACACAAAUCUAAAUUCGAGUUUUCAAAUGCAAUCUGCCCAUAUGCAAGAUGAUUCUAGGAAUAGAUUCAUUCCCAUUGGAAAUCCAACACCCCAAGCUCAAGCAGCAUUAAAUCUGCAAUCAAAUACAAUGCCGCAAAUGGCUACAAACAGCACAAGUGAUAGUCUCAAAGACUUGUUGGGAUUUCAGGGCAAUUUGGCUGGUGAUAUGAUGCCAGUAUUUGCCUCACGGCUCUUAGAUCUAAUUAAAAAUAAUGUUCAACCUGCUGUUCAUAAACCCAUCUAUGAUAUGAAAAUUCAAAAGGAUAUACACGAAUUACAGAAAAAACCGCUUAUAUAUAAAUGCCCUGGUGGCGAUGUGGUAAGCUCAGAUGGUGCUGGAGUUAAUUGUCAAAUUACACCGAAUACAAGUGGUAUUUCAAUGAACUGUCGUUUUGCUUAGAGUUUCACCAAAAUAAAAAUUAUUGAAUGAAUGAAUUACUUUACAUAUUUGAGUUACUACUUUUAUUUUCUUAAAUCCAGUGAAAUCAAAUGUUACUUUUUUAUUCUUAAUUUGUAUUUUUACAAAGUCUAAUAACUAUAAGCUGAUCAUUUAAAAUUGAAAAAUUGAUUGUUUUAAUAAAGCAUACAUUUAAGAGAGAUAAAAGAUGUGAA